GAAGCCAUCAAAGCCAACUCGUACUAUGACAACAACCAGCACGUGCGGUGUGGUCACGUGACUGACGGCUUCUCCUCAUGUGACCAGACCGUGGAGGGGGAGCUGUCCAUGGGGGCCCAGGAACAUUUUUAUCUGGAGCCCCACGCCUGCAUCGUCUCCCCCCGGGACACGGACGAGUACCACGUGACCUGCAUGACUCAGAACCUGGAUGCUAUCCAUACUGAAUUAGCCCAAGUGUUGGGCAUUUCACAGAGCCAAAUCACUGUCAGUGUUAAGAGAAUCGGUGGUGGAUUUGGUGGGAAAGAAACUCGCCAUGGCAGUGUUGUGUUUCCUGUAGCAGUGGCUGCACACAAGUACAAAAGGCCAGUUAGAGCAGUUCUAGACCGCGAUGAGGACAUGCGACUUACUGGCACUAGACACCCUAUACUGGCCAAAUACAAAGUUGGGUUCAACAAAAAUGGCAAGCUGGUUGCACUAGAGGCUGAGGUUUACUUAAACGCUGGCUCAUCUCUGGACAUGUCUGCCCCUGUAUCAGAGCGAUGUAUCCUGACGAUGAGCAACGCUUACAAAAUUCCCAAUGUCCACAUUCAGGGCAAGCUGUGUAGGACCAACAUAGCCUCUAACACGGCCUUCAGGGGGUUUGGUACCCCCCAGGCCGUGUUUAUCAUGGAGAGUAUCAUGGACCACGUGGCUACAACCCUGGGGAUGGACCCUGUGCUGAUUCGUGAAAUAAACUUCUACAAGCAGGGUGACCAAGUGGCAUACGGCCAGGUCAUAGAAAAAAGUCAUCUUCUGGACUGCUGGGGGGAAUGCAAAAUAUUUUCUAACUACGAUGAACUUAAAACUAAUGUGGAGAAAUUUAACAAAUCAAACACAAAUAAAAAGAGAGGCAUUGCAUUAUCACCCUUAACCUAUGGCAUUGGUUAUCCAUUGAAGCUAUUAAACAAGGGUUCUGCACAGGUGAAUGUCUAUCGUGAUGGAUCUGUGCUGUUGUUGACUAGUGGGGUGGAGAUGGGGCAAGGUCUGAACACUAAAAUGAUACAGAUUGCCAGCCAGGUCCUAAAUGUUGACGUCAAGUUUAUCCGUGUUCCUGACACAUCCACGGACACAGCUCCCAACUCCAGCCCCACGGCAGGCAGUAUGACCUCUGACCUUAUAGGACCAGCUGUGGUGAAUGCUUGUAAUGAAAUAAAAGACAAACUUAAACCAUUGAGAGAAGCAAAACCAGAUUUGUCAUGGCAACAAUUGGUGAAUGAGGCCAUAGAUGAUAGAAAAUAUUUGUCAGCGAUUGGAUUUUAUGCGCCUGAAGUAAAUGGAAUGGACUGGAGCAAAACAGUGAACUCACCCUUCCAGUAUUACUCAUUUGGGGCAUGUUGUAGUGUGGUGGAGAUUGACUGUCUUAACGGGGAUCAUACGGUUCUGUCUACUCAUAUAGUCAUGGAUGUUGGGCACAGUCUUAACACAGCCAUAGACAUUGGUCAAAUAGAGGGAGCCUUCCUACAGGGCUAUGGUUUGAUGUGUUUAGAGCAGUAUAAAAUGUCUGCCAAAGGGAGCCUACUCUCAUCUGGACCUGGCACUUACAAGAUCCCUUCCUUCUCAAACAUACCCAAGUGUUUCAAUGUUGCCUUGUUGAAAAAUGAAGGCAACCCUAAGGCUGUCUACUCAUCCAAAGCCAUUGGUGAGCCACCUCUGUGCCUGUCCGUGUCAGUUCUCAUGGCCAUCAAGUCUGCCAUUCAAGCUGCAAGACCACAACGGUCAGCUGGUCACUUCUUCCUUCACGCCCCAGCUACCCCAGACAGGAUUAGAAUGGGAUGUGACGAUGACCUGGCGCAGAUGUUUACCCAGGAUGCUGAAGCUGAUGCAGAAAAACCAUUCUUCGUCGUUUUGUAAAAUAUUUUUAGCGAAAGUAUUUAUUAAUACAAAUUUAUUACUUGUGUGUUGGGUAUAAACUGUUUGGCCUUUUUGUUGUUGAUAUUUUUUAAAUAAAUGUGUGAUAGUUAAAUGUUAUUAAUUUAAGAAAAGAAAAAUGUAAUAUCUCAAGAGAAAUGUAUUGUGUAUUAUACAAACACGAGCCGACCCGCUGCGUAUCAUACGCCUCUAUUUAGUUGUUUUUUUUUUCUACUUUUCAGUAAUUUAUAAUUUGUGAAUUCGACAGUACCAAUGCCGCCACUGAAAAUAUUUGCUUAAAAACACUAAACCCCCCUCCCCCCCCCACGUGAAAGCAGCCUCCUCUUAGUUACCUCCUCUAAGUUUAAAAUCGUUUCAAACUAAAUUAUCUGCCCCUAAUAGCCGUCAC